AUGGUUGUUAAGGUCUAUGGCCCAGACUAUGCUUGCCCAAAACGGGUGAUAGUGUGUUUGAUUGAGAAGGAAAUUGAGUUUGAAACAGUUCAUGUUGAUGGAUUUAAGGGAGAGCACAAGAAAGCUGAAUACCUCAAAUUGCAGGUUUAUGGGUCGAAGAAUUGGCCCAUAUUACAAGAUGGUGACUACAUUCUCUAUGAAUCUCGAGCAAUUCUUAGGUACUAUGCUGAAAAGUACAAAACCCAAGGGACUGACUUACUUGGAAAGACAAUAGAAGAAAGGGGCCUUGUGGAGCAAUGGCUAGAAGUUGAAACCCAUAACUUCAACCCACCAAUUUUCAACUUAGUUAUGAAUCUUUUGGUUUACCCAUUAGUGGGCCUUCCAAAUGACCCAAAAGUUAUUCAAGAGAGUGAAGAAAAGCUUGAAAAUGUGUUGGACAUUUAUGAAGAGAGGCUAUCAAAGACCAAAUAUUUGGCUGGUGAUUUCUUUAGCCAUGCUGACCUUAGACAUCUCCCAUUUGGACAUUAUUUAAUGAAUCAAAUGAAAAAAGAGAAUAUGGUAAGGGAGAGGAAACAUGUGAGUGCUUGGUGGGAUGAUAUUAGUCAUAGGCCAUCUUGGAAGAAGGUUCUCCAACUUUACAAAUACCCUAUGUAA